CACUCCGAGAUGUCAGGUAUUAGUCCGGAGGGGCAGAUCUGCGAACCACACAGCAGCUCUCGGGUCCACGGUACAUUAGGCUCUCCGUGGGAGAGGGAUCCCAGACAGCUCUGCUGGGGAGCCAGCCCAGGAGAUUUGUUAGCGGGCUGCUCCGGGGGAUACCAGCCACCUCCGGCACCCGAGCGCCAAAGGUGCUUGUGGUGUUGCUGCUGCUGCUGCUGCUGCUGCUGGCGCAUUUCAUCCAAACUCCAGCCAGAGCGGGGGCAACUUGAACCGGAGACAUUAGAGCCACUGUGCUUUGGAGAGACGAGGGCGCACGGGGAGCUCAGCAGCACCAUGCCUGCUAUCAAGAAGGAGCGACUUGACAGGGAAGAGAUGGCCCUGGCAGCUUUUAACCAGCCCAUGGAAACCUUACCUGACUAUCUCGCCCCUCUGGCCGCCGCUGCCAUUCCGGUGGUAACCCCGCACCCUCCGGCUUACGACCAGAUCUUUGCCCACCGCGCGUACCUGGGCUUCCACGAGACCCACCAUCCCCACCCCCACCACCCCCACCACCCCCACCACCUCCCCGAGGACCUGAUGCUGGAGAGGUUUUCCUCCAUCCCGGAUUUUCAGCCCUUCUUUGACAACGGAGAGCCUUGCAUCGAGGUGGAGUGCGGGGAGAACAAGGCACUGCUCUACAUCAAUAAGUUGUGCCAGGGGAGCAAAGGACCCUCUAUCCGGUACCGGGGAGAGUGGCUCACCCCCAACGAGUUCCAGUUUGUCAGCGGCAGGGAGACGGCCAAAGACUGGAAGCGCAGCAUCAGGCACAAAGGGAAAAGUUUGAAGACUCUUAUGUCCAAAGGAAUCUUACAGGUACAUCCUCCAAUCUGUGAUUGCCCUGGGUGUCGAAUUUCGUCUCCAGUGAACCGAGGUCGCCUGGCAGAGAAGAGGACAAUCCCCUUACCUCCCACCAGGAUCCCAAAGAAAGAGCUGCCCUCAGUUUUCUCACACAGUGAUGACAGCGAAGAGAGCGACAAGAGCAAUGGUCAACACCCGGACGUGAAGCAGGAGGAGGAUCUCCACAUCAGUAUCAUGAAAAGAAGGAUCCACACCCACUGGGAUUUAAACAUCUCCUUCCGAGAGACCUCUUGCAGCCGUGAUAACGACCUUUCCACUAUCAUCUCCAACCUGCACCAGAGCCGGCAGCUCGUUAUGCCAGAGACCCAGAGCCGCUGUGAAUUCAAGAGGAACAGCAUCGACGUUGGCUUGGGAGCAGCAGAUGAAAUUUUAGGCAAGAGAAGAGUAUGUUCUCCCAACAGCAGCAGUGAGUGUCCUUUAGAAAGCAAGAAAGCCAGAAGUGAGUCCCCAAAGGAAAACUCCCACACACCUCUGCUUGAGGACUCAGUGACUCAGAUGACCCCAGAGGAGCACUACAGGCGCAUGAUGUCCGCACUGAACGAGCAUGGCGCGUUCGAAGAGCAGCAGCAGCAGCGUCUCUACCAGCUGGCCAACAGCAUGGCAGUGCCCAGCCACGGAGAUCUCCUGCGGGCACGACAGGAGGUGGCAGCGGCGGCAGCGGCGCGGAACCCCGGCGCGAUGGAAGCGCACAUCCCCUCGGCCAGCAACUCUUCCAGCCAGCGGAGGAAGCAGGGCCUCCCCCAGCACAGGGACACCCACUUCCCCGAGAGGGAGAUAUCCCACCCACCACCUCUGCUUUCCCCCCAGAAUGCACCCCAUAUUGCCCUGGGGCCCCACUUGAGACCUCCUUUCCUUGGGGUGCCUUCAGCUCUGUGCCAGACACCAGGUUAUGGCUUCCUGCAGCCAGCACAGGCAGAGAUGUUUGCAAGGCAGCAAGAGAUGCUCCGGAAGCAGAACCUGGCAAGGUUGGAGAUGUCAGCUGAGAUCAUCCGCCAGAAGGAGCUGGAGAACCUCCACAGGCAAAGGCUGCUGGCCGGCGACCCCCUGAGCCUGCAUCCCGGCUUACCCCCGGACCACCCAGCCCUCCGCAACGUGCACGACAUCCCCGAGGGCCACCCGCUGCGGGAGGAGCUGUCCCGGCGGAACGCCAUGCUGGUGCUGCGCCACAACAGCACUCCCCUGCUCUCCCUCAACCCCGCCGGCCCCGGCGGUGCCACCCCGCCCAAGGAGCAGCCCCGCAGGGGCAGCAGGAAGCCCACCCAGCAGCGCGCCGAGCCGCAGGGCCUGGGCGAGGCCAAGGAGCCGGCGGAGCCGCGGGCGCGGGACGGGGCCCCGGACGGCAACGAGGAGGAGAUGAAGGACUCGGAGAGCGACGCCGACGUCAGCGACGAGAAGCCGGAGAGCCUGAAGGCUGAGGGCGGCUCUGCCGUGGAGCUGAAGGAGUGCAAAGAGACAGGCAAAGGCUGCGAGGGGGGCAAGGAGCUGGGGGAAGCAGCUGCUGGCCAAAGUGCCCCCUGCAGCUCCUCCAGCGCGGAGUCCCCCAGCCACUUGCUUGGGCCAGGCAUCAACAAGAGCGAGGUGAAAUACCUCCCACCGGCCUCCAUCCCGCCUCCCCAGCCACUGCCCUUCGGAUUCCCUUACACCGUCAGCCCCUACUUCCAUGCAGGCACCAUGGGAGGUCUGUUCCUGGAUGGUGAGGAAAGCCCUGCGCUGGAAGACAUCAGCAAAUGGACGGUGGAUGAUGUGUGCAGCUUUGUGUCCAGCUUGUCUGGCUGCACUGAGUACACUCAGGUAUUCCGAGAGCAGGCCAUUGAUGGGGAGACCCUGCCCCUCCUGACAGAAGAGCACUUACUGAACAACAUGGGGCUGAAGCUUGGACCUGCACUGAAGAUAAGGUCACAGGUGGCCAAGAGAGUGGGCAGAGUGCUGUACAUGGCUGGCUUCCCCAUGGCUUUCCCCCUGCAGCCCCCUGCUCUCCGGCCCCCGGAGCGGGAGCUGCCUGCAGCCGAGCUGCGGCCGUCCUCCACGGGCAGCGUGGCCUCCCCCUUCAGCAGCCUGCCCUCUGCCAGCCGUGUCUCACCAAAGCAGGAAAAUGGGAACCCCUCUGUCCUCCCUGGCAUCAGUGACACCACCAAACCUCCCUCCUAA